GUAUAGAAAAUACGGUAAAUUGUAUAUAAUGCGGUUUGUAUCGCAACUAUUUCAACCAUUAUUAACUAUACCAAAGAAUGCGAAAAUUAAAAAUACAGAGAUAACUUGCAAAAGUCAAAAGCUCCUUCUAGAAUGUGGUCUCAUCCGCCCCACAUCCCCCGGCUUCUUCGCAUUGCUACCUCUCGCCCGGCGCGCCCUAGACAAGCUCGAAGCCCUCGUCAAGCGGCAUAUAGAGGCGGCCGGCGGACAGCAGGUGUCCCUGCCUGCGUUGACGGCUGCAGGGCUCUGGGAGAAGACGGGACGGGUUACGGAGGAGUUGUUGAAGGUGCAGGAUAGGCAUGGGAAGAAGUUUGUGUUGGCCCCUACGCAUGAGGAAGCUAUAGCAGAUUUGCUAGCAGAUGUAGGACCUUUGUCCUACAAGCAACUACCACUGUUGUUGUAUCAAAUCAGCGAUAAAUACCGCGACGAGCUACGGCCCAAGCACGGUGUUUUACGAGCUAGGUCUUUUCGUAUGUUAGAUGCUUACGGGGCACACACACUGGAACAAGCUACAGAAGUGUACCAGCGGGUAGGAGAACAGUAUAGGAGGCUGUUUGACACUCUGCAACUCGACGUACAUAAAGUGGCGGCACCUUGCGGCGAGAUGGGCGGUUCAGAGUCGCACGAAUGGCAACUACCCGCAUUGGCAGGUGAAGACAGAGUGUCAGUGUGUGUCGUUUGUAGACAAGCCACUGUGGGGGAGAAAUGCCAGUGUGGGGGGAGCAUUGGAACUGUCAAUAGUAUUGAGGUUGGCCACACAUUUAUCCUAGGAACUCGCUACAGCGAAGGCCUGGGGGCUAACUAUGUCGCACCAAGCGGCCCGCCGCAACCUAUAGUUAUGUCUUGCUACGGAAUAGGAAUCACAAGAUUACUGGCUGCAAGUCUCGAAGCACUAUCCACAGACGCAGCCCUAAGGUGGCCGGAGGCCAUCGCUCCAUAUCGAGCUAUACUUAUCGGGCCUAAGGAAGGCUCAAAAGAAUGGUCCGUGUACAACUCUGAUCAUAUGCUCGGUUUGUUCGACAAACUGUCCUCCUUACCGGGCCUCCGCAAUGACAUCUUAUACGACGACCGUCACCAGAUGACUGUCGGGAAACGGAUACUCAUGGCUGACAAAAUGGGCUACCCCUUAGUAAUAAUUUGCGGUAAGGGUGUUUUAGAAACCCCACCAAGGCUCGAACUGCACUCGCGAGGCGAAACACAGUUGCUAACACUCGGCCAACUCAUGUGGGUGCUACAGGGAGGAAACGAGACAGUUGCUAAUAAAAUGUAAAACAA